GCACUGCGACAGGAACCAGCAGGUUCUGAGAUUGGAGCGGCUGUCCAGCAAGAGUGGAAACGAGAGCCACACAGAGCCCUUGGCCAUGGGGGUGGAAAACGUGAUCAGGAAGGAGCUGAGCAGCCUCCACGGCAUGCCCUUCUACGAGUCUUUCAUUCAGGGGUGGCCACAGGUGGAGACCUUCCAAGCCCGGCCAGAUGACUUGCUCAUCUCCACCUACCCCAAAUCGGGCACAACGCGGGCAAGUGAGAUCCUGGACAUGAUCUACCAGGAUGGUGAUGAGAAGAAGUGCCAACGCGAUGCUAUCUACAAUUGAGUACCUUUCCUGGAAAUGAAGGUUCCUGGGGGGCCAAAACAGCCAUCCUGUCCCACAGGUGUGGAGCAGCUGGAGAAAACCCCAUCCCCGCGGCUGGUGAAGACUCAUCUCCCUGUUCGGCUCCUCCCAUCCUCCUUCUGGGAAAAGAACUGCAAGGUCAUCUAUGUGGCUUGCAACCCCAAGGAUGUUGUCAUCUCCUACUACUACUUCUACCAGAUGGCCAAGAUACAUCCUGACCCUGGCAUGCUGAGUGAGUUCCUGGAGGAUUUCAUGGCUGGCAAAGUGGCCUAUGGGUCCUGGUAUGAGCAUGUGUGCGACUGGUGGGAGAAGAAGCAGGAGAAGCCAAUCCUCUACCUCUUCUAUGAGGACAUGAAGAAGGACCCACAGCGGGAGGUGGAGAAGAUCCUGCAGUUUCUGGGCAAGGUGGUGUCAAAGGAGACAAUGGAGAAGAUCCUCCACCACACCUCCUUCCAGCAGAUGAAGAAGAACCCUGUGGCAAACUAUGAGACCAUGCCCACCGUCCUGAUGGACCACAGCCUCUCCCCCUUCCUCCGGAAAGGGAUCUCUGGGGACUGGAAGAACCACUUCACCGUGGCCCAGAACGAGCGCUUUGACAAGCACUACCAGGAGCAAAUGGCAGGCUCUGACCUCUGCUUCCAGAUGGAGGUGUGA